CAUGCCUUAAACUGAUGAGUAAGGAAAAUAACGACGCGGGGUGACGCCCGUGUCCUCGCUCAAACUCGCGAGAGGAAUUUUUGAACGGGUACAGGUCCGUCUGUCAGGUGACUCACCUACUUCGUGAGAUGCCGCGCGGAACCAGGAUCUGCCCCGAGAAACCCUCAGAUAAGUUAAAGAAAAUAUAUAGAAACAGAGCUCAAAGUUAUUAGUUCAAUAUUCCGGUUUUAUAACAAAGUUACAUCAAUCUCACUUGAGUAAUCUUAUAAAAACAUUUCAAGAUUUAUUAAUAUCAUUUUGUUCAACAUUAAACAAUUUAAUGAAUAUUAAUAUGAAAUGUAAAUGCAUAAAUCUUAAUAGAUUAAACACUUUUCAGUGUGGAAAUUCGUUUUGAAAAGCUGCCAAUUUUAUACCAUAAUUUAAUUUGUUACUAACCCAACCACAGUUUUACUAAAUUAACCAGAGCUAAACUAUUGUUAUUGUGCUACAAUUAUUACUGUAAAGUUCCUAUAAUACAUCUAUAAUACAUCUAUAAUACACUGUGUACACAAAAUAGUUACACUCAGGACCUUCAGGACAAAAAUGUCCCCAUUGAAACCCAUUAAAACUGCAAUAUUUGAUCCCAGUGCCAUUAAAGCAUAAAAUCAUGAAUUCUAUGAUAUUAUACUUUCAUUCUGGAGCCCUGGCUUCAACAUUUACAUUAUUAAUAUUUUCCACCAGAUGGCGCCAUUUAUCUCAUGUUUAGCCUAUGGAGCAAAUACAAGCUUUUCCCCUAUUCUCUGUUUGCUGUAUUAUAGAGCACUGCAGGACAACUGAAUAAAUGAUGCAGAUAAAAUUGUGUGUGUGUGUUGCUAUGGAUGUCAGAGAGUGUGUGUGUGUGUGUGUGUGUGUGUUUGUGUGUGUAUGUGAGUGUGAGUGUGUGUUUGUGUGUGCGUGUGCAUGUGAGUGUGUGUUUGUGUGUGCGUGUGCAUGUGUGUGCGCGCGUGCGUGUUUGUGUGCGUGUGUGUGUGAGAGUGUGAGUGUGUGUGCGUGUGUGUAUGCGUGCGUGCGUGCGUGCGUGCGUGUGUGUGUGUGUUUGUGUCAAUGUCAUUGAAAGUGGAAAAUAAUAUUAAUAUAUAAUAUUAUUAUGGCAGUUUUUUGACGCGGACAUUUUUGUCCUGUAAGGACCUCUGAGUAACGUUUUUUAAUUGAUGCACAAGGGUUAAAUGAAUGUGUUGCUGAUUAAAACAAUCUUAUAGAGCAGUCGAUGUUCAUAUUAAAUGUUUGAAUAUUGAAUAUUUAGUGUGAUCAUCAGCUUGUGUUGAGUUUAGGUUCUCAAUGCGCCUUCUGCGCUCACAGACACUCAAUGACACAUGUAUUCACUCUGUCUCUGUGAAUGAUAUGAUUACGAUAAUGAUCCUGUAUGUUCAUUACUAUGAGCAGAUGUGUGUUUAUGAGCAGACACCCGGAUGUUGAUCGCGCAUGCGCGGGCAGGAUUCGAAACAGGAAGGGAUCGGCAGUUCAUGGAAGACAGUCGGCAUAAAACGGAAGACGGCACUCAUCAGGAGCCCACCCACAGAACGAUCAGCUAGCAAACUGUGAGGAGAUACUUGCAGAAUUUGACAAAAAGUGUAUUGGAUUUGAAUUACUGAGUGCACCUUUAAAGUACUUCUAACUCUGGACACUGAACACAGCACUAAAGAAUCGAGCUCAUCUCCAUCUGCCCCAUCUCACGCUACCCUUACCUGUGCUUUCACCCAAACACCCUCCCCCUGUCCUGUCGUCGAGGGUUCAUGUGACCCCCCUGAGGGAGGGAAUGAUGCAAAGCGGACCGCUGUGGCCAACGGACUGCCCCUCUCCACUGUGUCCCAGCGCUACAUGCCCCGUGAGGUGCCCCCACGCUUCCGGAACCAGCAGGAACCAAAAGUGCUACUGAAGAGGGGCCAGCCGCCACUGUCCAGUAUGCUGCUGGGGGGUGGGAGCGGAGGGGAAGCCACACCCUCCCCUAAUGCAAGUACAGCCGACGCUUCAGAUCCUACUGUAGAUCCAGUAUCUCUUCACUCAACAUCUGACGCCUCUGCCACUCCCACUUAUGCAAAUUACACAUGGGGGCUGGGCUCAGGAGUUCGACCCUCGGCUCAGGGAAUGGACAAGGUUGUAGUCGACAAUUCUGAUAUGGAGAAAUGGCCAAGUGUCAUUGAGAGUGUAAGACCGGAAAAUUCUGCAGCCAAGAGCAGCAGUGCCUCAUGGGAUAGUGAUUUGACCCAAGAGGAGAAAAUGUCUGUUGGGCUGAGAAUGGACAGUUCUCCUCUUUGUGAGUAUGCAGAAGCCACUGUAGAGGGGGGUUCAUCCUCACAGACUGAGAAUAAAGAAUCCAUUAAAGGAGUUAAUAAGUCCUUUAAUUCCAAGGUGUUGCAUCCUUCUGGAAACGUGGAGGGGACUCAAGGACUAAACCCAAACUACAGCCAUCCAUCCUGGGCUGCCCCCCUGCAAGAUGGUCCUGAUGGAGCAGCCUCAAGCAGAGGACCCUUAACCCACACUGCCUCUGAGGAAUCUCUUCCCAUACCCUUGAGUCCACUGCACCAAAUGCUCGGCAAGAACAGAGAGUGUAUUAUGGCUGACUGGGUGGAGCUUAAAGCUGGACCAAAUGUUAUUGACUGCAAAGAGGAUGGUGUCACAUGUGCGGAUGUGUGGGAUACAGGUACAGAGACUGUUGGGAGGGAAAGUAAUACAGCAGGUGGGGAAGGAAGUUUAGGUGAUCGCACUGGCAUCUCUCAGGUAACAUGGGAUAAAGAGACGGUAGGUUCAAACGAGCAGGCAGCUGCAGAAUGGACCUCAGACUCAGCUGUUGGAGCAUCAAGAGAGGAUGUGAGGAAGAGCUCUAGGGACAGCACAGAUUGUUUACAGGACUCAUCAUUGUUUGCAGCCAAUACAGUGGCAUCAAGAGAUGACAAUCAGAAAAGGAUUGAUAGUUGGGGUGAGUCUAAAGGAGAAUCUACUGACAGGAAAAGCAGUGAGGAAGAGACGCUGGUCCAAAGCCCCUCUAGAGGUCAGUCCCUCCACUCUGAAGAGGCCUUACAGAGUGUGAUCAAUCGCACUAAUCUGGAUCCUAGAGUGCUGUGCAACACCGGAUGGGGUAAGACCCAGAUCAAGCAGAAUGUCGCCUGGGAUUUAGAAGUGAACAUUAGGAAUGUUGACUGGAAUCAAGAGGUGGACACUGGCCACAGUAAGGAAGGUUGGCAGGAUGGAGGUGAUGCCCCUCAUUCCAGCUCCAGGAUGCAGAAUCGUGAGGGAUUGGAAGGCAGCCAGGGUCAAUUGGUUAGAAGUAAAGGGUGGGGCAGUGAUGAGCAGAAGUGGGAUGAGAGGAAGAUGGAGAAAGAGGAUGGGUGGGGAGAAGCCCAGGUGAAUGAAGGUACAUGCAGGAGGGAAGGAAUGGGGAAGGACCAAGGUGGUGGAAGUGAUUGGGGACAGAGGACACCUUUGCCCAAGGGAGGAGGCUGGAAGGAAGAGAGAGGCAGUGACCGCAAGAAUCAGGAUGAGGGGUUAUGGGGUAUCUCUGAAGAUACUGGGCAUCGGAGUGCUGGCUGGGGAGGUAAUGGAGGAGGCAGUGUCAGUGUCAAACAGCACCAAGGAUGGGGUGAUAAGCCUUCUCCAUCACAAAUACCAAACAAACAAAUAGCACUUAAAACGCAAAAUCCACAGCAGCAGCAAUCGCAGACGCAACCGCAAAUGCCGGGACAUCCAAAAUCCUUGCAGGACAGCAGGGGUUAUCCAGGAGGGCCAGAUGGACAGAGCAAAGGGUCGGGAUGGACAUGUGGCCCCAUCCCUCAGAUGCCUUCUGUUGUAGAGCCAAGUGGGUGGGAGGAACCCUCGCCUCAGUCCAUCAGUCGGAAUGUGGAGAUUGAUGAUGGAACGUCUGCAUGGGGUGAUCCUUCACGCUACAACAGCAAGAAUGUCAAUCUGUGGGAUAAGAACAGCUCAAAGACUCAACAGCAAAGUUGCCAACAGAGUCUUCAGCAGUCGUCUGAAAGACAGGCUGAAGCUCCAUCUAAGAACUCUGUUCCAUCAACAUGGGGACGCAGCAGUGGUCCCCCAGAUCAGUCCGUGGACAAUAGCUCAACUGCUUGGGGGAAAUCAUUUGAUGGGCCAAGUGGCUGGGGAGACUCAGAGGAACAGGGGAAAGGGGGAGGAUGGGCAAACUCACGUUCCAAGUCUGGUUCAAAGUCCAUGCAAGAGGGGUGGGGUGAUGAAGGCUCAAAUAUAUCCCGUCACCAGAGCUGGGAGGAAGAGGAUGGUAGAACUGGCGUCUGGGGCAGUAGGGAAUCCCAAAGCAGCAUGUCCACAUACAACUCCGGGGGAUGGGGGCAGGGCCAGGGGGCCAGAAGACAUAACAACAAGAGCCCUCUGAAAGGUAACAGCGGGGACUCAUGGGCAACUCCUGUGAGUCGGCAGUUCUCAAACAUGGGCAUCAUGGAUGAAGACUCCAAUGUGGGUCAGGAAAGACAUGACAGGAGAGGAAUGAAUGAUGGAGAAAUGCGGAGAGGGGGCAGGGUUGGAGGAGCGUUUCGCUCACAAAAUUCCAAAGAGACCACACCUGGGGAAAGUGGGACAUACCUGGACAAGGUUGGGGGUCAUGGUAUGUUUGGCAGCAGUGGUAUUUCUCAGCUAAGAGGGAUGCAUCAAACCACAGUGCACCCCCUAAACCCUUCCCCUGUGAUACGAGCACAAGUGCCUCAUCAGUUCCUGCCUCCUCAGGUGCCCGGGCCUAUGCUAAAACCAAUGGCACCCCCCAGUGGUGGUAUGUUCCCUCCCCAGCUCUCCCCCCAGCACAUUGCCAUGCUUGGAGGCAUUCAUCCACACAUGCAGCAGUUCCAGCUAGCUUGUCAGCUCAUUCUCCAACAACAGCAGCAGCAGCAACAACAACAGCAGCAGUAUUUGAAUCAGAGAAAGUUUCCUCCUCCUCCUCUAAGACAACAACAAGAUCCACAGCAGUUGGCACGGAUCAUGGCUAUACUGCAGCAGCAACAGGGGGUGGGUGGGCCCAAACUCCCCCCGUCCUCCAUGGGAGGACACACACCCAAAUAUCCAGACACGCCCCUCCAUCACCUGGGCGUAAAUGCCCACAAACAGCCAGACAUGCCCCUGCAUGCUGCCAUGGGUGGAUCUGAGAUGCACACCAAACCAAUGCCGGCUUUCACAGGUUUUGCAGGUGGUUCUGAUCUGGAUUCUCUGAGUUCUUCUGGUGGUUUGAAGGAUGGUGGGGGACCUCAAUUUCACUAUAAAUGGAUGAUGGAUGGAAACAGUCUGACACCCUCACCAGAACCCACACUGCACAAUGGACCAGUAAAGUUGGGAGGCGGCUCUUUGUACUCUCAGUAUGAUGUGUUGGGUGGCAGUUGGAACAGAACAGGAAGUGGCAAAGUAGACGUGUCUCCUGCCAACCCCACCUGGCCUCCAGAGUUUCAGCCGGGUGUCCCAUGGAAGGGCGUCCAGAGUCCUGAGCUCGAGCCUGACCCCUACAUGACCCCUGCAGGAAUGCUGGGACCCACCGUGCUCAGUGAUACAGAACAUCACCUGCUGCAAGACAACACAGGAUCAAACUCUUCACUAACCACCUGUUUGCCUUCACCUGGUGCCUGGCCGUACAGUGCCUCAGACCCCCCCGUCAGUGCACACGGCACAGCUAAAUACCACGAGUUAAAGUCCAGUUGGCCGCCUGAGCCCAUUGGACACAGCAAAUCAUGGAGAACCAAUCGGAACAGUUCCCAUCUGCCCCGCCCCCCUCCAGGUCUCUCCAAUCAGAAGCAGUCAUGGUCAGCAGAGGGGCCGCGAAUGCCCAGAGCGUGGGGUGGAGGGUCGAGUGGCCAGGAGUCGUCCUUUAAAUCAGAGUGGAGUGAUGGUGGGGCAGGAAAGUCCUGGCUGCUACUGCGAAACCUCACACCUCAGAUUGACGGCUCAACCCUGAAGACGAUCUGUCUGCAGCACGGCCCCCUGAUGACCUUUCACCUCGGCCUGACCCAGGGCAGCGCUCUGAUUCGCUACAGCAGUCCUCACGAAGCCGCCAAAGCACAGAGCGCCCUGCAUAUGUGCGUUCUGGGAAACACCACCAUCCUGGCGGAGUUCAUGAGUGAGGAAGAGGUCAUCCAAUACUUCACACAUUCUCAGACCGCUGGGGUCACGGGGUCACCCGAGGGGUCUUCCAGCUCUGACCCUAGCUCACGAGAGCCCGAGCGGGCCGCGGGCGGAGGGGGGGAUGCAGAGGCAGGCGCGGGCUGGCAGGGUUUGGGAGUAACGGGCGGAUCUGGACUCGCUCUCCUCAGCCAAUGGAGCAACAGCGCAGGGGAGGGGGCGGGGAAAGGGGUCUGGGGGGGUGUGGCUCCAGGUUACCAUGGCAGCAGCCUGUGGGGCACACCUCAACUGGAGGACAACCCAGCUGGAUUGUUGCCAGGCAACCUGCUUGGAGGCGGGACGGACAAUUUGUGAUUGACACUGAUUGUGAGUUAUUUAAGUUCUGGUACAUGGAGUUUCGGCACCAAACAGAACCAUUGUCAAGCAUAUGGAAGCCCACAGAUGACAUGUUUCUUUAUAAUUUUUGUUUGUUUGUUUUCUCAAGAACAAAGGUGAAUCUGAUGAAAACAUGUAUGGUUCAUGUUUUACCCCAAAACAAAAAAAUAAAAAUAAAAAUAGGAAAUUAUAUUUAGCUAAAAGGAAAUGAAGCUUGUUUAAUUAAGAUUUGUUUGCAUUGUGACAUUAUUUUUAUUACAAUUAUUUAAGCACAUUUCUCCCAAAUUCUCAUUAUUGUAAAAUAUCCAGAGGUUACUUUUGAGUUUUAUUGUAAUUAUUUUCAAUGCCGAUUCUCUUUAGAUUCUCAUUAUUGUUAUACAGUAACUUUUUACUGUAUUACAAAAACAAAAUACUGUAAAAAAAAAAAAAAAAAAAAAGUAUUCAAAUCAGCAGAAAAUAAAGGCAGUUCAACAAAUACUACCGUAAUGUAUGAUUCACAAUUUUUCACUUUUUUUCUUUACAUAUUUUUUUAUUUGUAUUUUUACAAUAAUGAGAAUUUUUGGGCGCUCAGUUGUCAUAAAAAUAAUUUCUCAAUACAAAUAAACAAAUGACCCGGACAUGUUCUUAUAAAUGUAUAUAGCUUGUUUUCUUAUGAUAACUUAUGUCGAGAUCGUUAUAGAAAUAAGUCAUAAUUUUGAUAAAUCAAGUAAGAUUAGUAAUAUUAAUGUCUGUCCUCUGUGGGCUUCCGUAUUUUUGCAGUUUGUUUUGGUGCCGCUACAGCUGCAGAAAUGACACGCUGCCAUUCAGACAGCUACAUUUCCACACAAACACAGGACUUACUGACAGGCUUUUAUAUCCAGUGAGAACUCAAACACACGUGGAUUUGCUUACAGACAUUCUCAUCGCCAGAGUUAAGCUAUCAUGCAUUUGUAUGCAGGGACUGUUUCUAAAGGCCUUCUUUAACAAAUAUUUCAAACAAACAUCAAAUAUAACUCUGAUGUUAUGCUGACACACACAUACGCAAACCGUUUAACGCUUUUCUGAAGUAGCUUAUAUCUCACGAAAACGGUCAAGAAAUGUCCUAAUCAUAUUUUACUCAAAUCAAAAGAAUUUGUUUUUAAAUUCAAGUUUGUAUGAAGAAAAUUAAGCAUAUUUUUAGGACCUUUCAAGAUGUUUUUCUCAUUGUCACAUUGUGUCUACUGCAAUAAAAAAAUUACUGUAAUGUCAAAAGAUAAUCGUAAGUAUUUAUAAAUCAUGAUAGUAUUUUUUGCUUAAAAUCUUAAAAGUCCAGACAGUGAUGUCAUUAUUGUACUACAGUAGAUAACAGUAAUUAUGUGACAAUUACCCCCUGUAUUUGGAAUGAAAAUAAUGUCACAGUGCAAUAAAUCUUAAUAGGCUUCAUUUUCUUUAUGCAAAGUGUGUGUAUAUAUAUAUAUAUGUGUGUGUGUGUAUGUAUAUGUAUGUAUAUGUAUAUAUAUAUAUAUAUAUAUAUAUAUACAUAUAUAUAUAUAUAUAAUUUUCAUUUGGGUUUUUGAGUGAAAUAUGACCUGGAAAUUUCUUCUUGAGAUUAUCACAGCAAGAGGUAAAUUGUUUAUUUAGUGUGAUCAUUUUAUUGUAUUUUUUUGCAAGAAUUCUUGAAGCUGGUUGAUAGUAUUACAGUGUCGCUGCCGUCAUGUGGCUUUAUUUUGAUAUUGGGGCGAACAGCCAGAAAAACACAUACAAACGUUCGCAAACGCUUUUGGCAUUUAAUCACAUGCAGCAAAUGAAUUAUAUCUACAAUGAACAUUUUUACUAGUUAAAAUGCUAAUUCUUGAGAUCAGCAAUGAAAUGACCACUAGUGAAAGUAGCCUUGCACUUGUAAAAACAUGAAUUAAUGAAAAUACCCAUUCUCUAUCAGAAAUACAAAUUCAACUCGCUCAUUUCUCUAACUGCAUUUUUACUAGUAGAAUUUCACAAUGAUCCGUCAUCCUGUCACGUUAAAAAUGCAAUUACAGGUGUUUAUAAUUAAUUUAUAACUAUUUCACAACAAUUCCACAUCAGCUAUGUACUAACUAGUAAAAAUGAAUGUUUUAUAUAAAAGAUUACAUUCUUACUAGUACAAAUAUUUUAGUAAUUGCAUCAUUUUUUAUAUCAAGAAUUAAUGUGUUUACUAGUGCAAAUGUAUUUACUUUUUUUCACAAGUAUAAUUACAUUGCUUAUGUUAAGGAUUAUUAUUGCGAAUAGUGAAAAUUGAUUUGUAGAUAUCUAUAAUUUCUAUCCUACUCGUGAUUAAAUGUCAAAAGGGCUUGCGAAAGCAAACACGUUCAUUUCUCCAGCGCAGCGUUCCCUGUGGAUUUGUGUAUCUAAACGCAUUUGACCUUUCACUGUUUCUUCUUUAUCUGUUUGUCAGGUUUGAUGUUGCAUUUAUAUUUGAUUUGAAUAUCGUUUUGUUUUUUGUAAUGCAUAUAAAAGUUCUCUUUAAAGACUGAGUGUGGGUGAAAUGUGUGUGUGACGAACAGACGAAUGUCUGUGCGCACUUUACUGAUUAUUUGUGAGUUUAUGUGUGGCUGCUUUAUGUUUAAAAGUUGUAAAAUGUUCAUUGUGUACUAUAUACUGUUAGUUGUGUUUUACAAAUCUUGGCAUUAGCGGGUUUCUGCGAUUUGCGUUUCUUUUUUUUAAGUGUACUCAUGUAGCCUUUUGUAUCGGCUGAAUUGCAAUAAUGAUUCGACAAGCAUUUUAAAGACACAAAUGUGUGACGGCGUCUCUGCCAAAAACUUACCCCAACAGAGUUUACAAACAGCUAAAAAACAUUGUAUGCGUUUAUUAUGUUUCUGUAUUGUUGUUUGUUUUAAAUUAAGACUUUAACACUCCUUUCAGUGUUUUACAGAUUUUUCAGAGAUAAAAAGUGAAAAGUUUAUUUAAAUAAAAGUUAAAUAUGACACUGUUAUAGAUAUUGAAAUGUCUUUGUGUACCUGUAAAUAGACACUCUGGUUUGUCUAUAAAGCUCAUGUCAGCUCUUCAGAACAUCACUCUCUCUUCGGAUGAUGGUAAAACAAACAUGUAAACAUGCCACAAAGUUUCCAGUAUGUUGAGAGGUAAGUUAACAUGUUGAGUGUUUACCUCCCUUCCUCUGUGGUCAGGUAUGUUUCAAGUCAUUUUUAAUCUUUAGUCCUGUUCAGACCUCAUUCUCAUCUGACUAUACAGCAUGAAUAUAAUGACAUUUAGCUACUGUAUAUGUAAUAGGUGUGUAUAAAGUAACUAAAUUAGCUGAUGUUACUAUUUGGUAGGCGAUAUUUAAAACUAGCUGACAGUGAAGUGUUAUUCGCUGUUCGAACUGGCAAUUUCUGCGGUUGGUAGCAGUUUAUUGUCUGUGAAAUCCAUCAGAAUGGCAGAUAUUAUGCAGGCAGUGGUCAGUGAAGUGUCCCUGGUUGUCUGGUCAGUAAUUGGUUGCAGUUCUUUUCCUAUGAAAUCCAUCCUAGUUGACUGAAGUGAUGCAGACGAUGAUCGCUGAAGCACCCGUCGCUGUCUGGUUGGCACAGGCUGCAGUUAGUAGUCAUUGUUUAGAGACACAGCGGUGGGAGUGACACACCAGGCUGAAUGUUUCUUGAUUUUGGUGUUUAAGCUCCUCAUUCUCCCUCAAGUUACAUGUAUUUCUGAACACGUUAGUUCUCUUAAUGGGUUCUUCUGCUCCAGUCCUUGAUUCUGGAUUAUCCAACUGCAUGAUCGUUUAAGAAACAAUGGCCAAGAAUUUUGUUUUGAUGGACUAUUCAUGGUGCUGUUUCCUGCAGUGAGAGGCAAAAUUGUGUGCAGGUCUUCUUAAACCCAACGAGAGUCUCACAAUGACUAUUUCUAUGAUUAAUAAGAAAUGUGACAGCGGAUUCCUGUACAGCAGGUCUGGGAGAGACUUUGACCUCUGCUUUAACUUCCAGAUCUGUCAUGAGACUGUAGUUGUGUGCCUUUUAUUUUUCCUUCUGGUUUGUAUGUUAAUGAAACAUUUCUCUACUGUAGGUUCAAAGUACAGAGCAUCCGGAAAGUAUUCACAGCCUUUGCUCAAUACUUUGUUGAAGCACCUUUGGCACCAAUUACAGCCUCAAGUCUUUUUGAGUAUGAUGCCACAAGCUGGGCACACCUAUUUUUGGGCAGUUUCUCCCAUUCUUCUUUGCAGGACCUCUCAAGCUCCAUCAGGUUGGAUGGGGAGCGUCGGUGCACAGCCAUUUUCUGAUCUCUCCAGAGAUGUUCAAUCGGGUUCAAGUCUGGGCUCUGGCUGGGCCACUCAAGGACAUUCACAGAGUUGUCCCGGAGCCACUCCUUUGUUAUCUUGGCUGUGUGCUUAGGGUCGUUGUCCUGUUGGAAGAUGAACCGUCGCCCCAGUCUGAGGUCCAGAGCGCUCUGGAGCAGGUUUUCAUCAAGGAUGUCUCUGUACAUUGCUGCAUUCAUCUUUCCCUCGAUCUGGACUAGUCUCCCAGUUCCUGCCGCUGAAAAACAUCCCCACAGCAUGAUGCUGCCACCACCAUGCUUCACUGUAGGGAUGGUAUUGGCCAGGUGAUGAGCGGUGCCUGGUUUCCUCCAGACAUGACGCUUGCCAUUCAGGCCAAAGAGUUCAAUCUUUGUUUCUCAUGGUCUGAGAGUCCUUCAGGUGCCUUUUGGCAAACUCCAGGCGGGCUGUCAUGUGCCUUUUACUGAGGAGUGGCUUCCGUCUGGCCACUCUACCAUACAGGCCUGAUUGGUGGAGUGCUGCAGAGAUGGUUGUUCUUCUGGAAGGUUCUCCUCUCUCCACAGAGAAAUGCUGGAGCUCUGUCAGAGUGACCAUCGGGUUCUUGGUCACCUCCCUGACUAAGGCCCUUCUCCCCCGAUCGCUCAGUUUGGCUGGGCGGCCAGCUCUAGGAAGAGUCCUGGUGGUUCCAAACUUCUUCCAUUUACGGAUGAUGGAGACCACUGUGCUCAUUGGGACCUUCAAUGCUGUAGAAAGUUUUCUGUACCAGGAUCACUGUGCGCCAUCAGUGCAUCCAGAUCUUGGAGCCAGGAAGAUGUUUGAAUGUUGAAAUGGUAUCCGUGUGUAAUUGGUUAAAUUUCCUUUUUAGAAUAUGACUUAAUCCUGGUUUAGUUUAAAAGCUGAAUGUUCUCCUGUUCGAUCAAUUGGACAAAUAUAGAAACCUUAAUUUAUUGGUUGACCUGUUCAAUUACAUUUUUAUUUGGACAGUUUAUAUUAAAUAUGCUGUUAAUAUGCUUUCUAAAGUGUUUUAGGGCCGUUCAUUUAAAUCUUUAGAGACCAUUUAGAAUAUUGCAUUGUGUAGCAUGUCCUUACAGCAGCUGUUCUCGAAUAAGUUGCUCAUUUUGAGCAUGUCACUUCAUUUUUACUGGCGUUUU